AUGCCCCCACUCCAUCUCGGCAUCCCGGAGCGCGCCAGUUUGAUUCGCGGCCGAGAGGGCAGCAGCGGUUUUGUUGGGGAGGAAGAACUAGUGAUGAUAACGUCGGAACUAGUUAAAGUUGGUCUCGGUUGGAACCCUGGCAAAACGGGGCAAGGCAAGGAAAAGCUCGACGCUACCUCAACAAUUUCGGCUGCACGAGACAGGGCUAGUCAGGUUGGCCGACGUCGACCUGCGUCCCGUCUCGUCUUCCGUUUUGGGCCGCAUAUGAAAGUAUGUAAUUUGCACAGAUUAUUCAUGGAAGCAAAAGUUGCAAGGGCGAAAUGGCCAAGCUCAUUCGCCUAUAACGCUGCAGAAACCACCGACUUGAACAAUAAGCGCGCUCUGUCGGCUGUGGGCAGCAUCCCAGUUCUCAUGCCCGAGUCAAGCGCAGCCAUCAAGGCUCCCAUUGUUGACAUGGGUGACGGCUCGCGUGAGCUUGUAUUCUCAGGCUCGUUUUCCGAGCCACAGGGCAGAGCAUACGACGAGCUUCUAUUCUCGGCCUCUUCUUCAGGCAGCAUACGACUAGCUUCUAUUCUCGGCCUUACCUUCAAGCAUAAGCUUCUUUCCCGGCCUCGCCUUCAAGCGUGGGCUUCUAUUCUCGGCCUCACCUUCAGGCGGAAGCUUCUUUUCGGCAUCACCUUCAAGCAUAAGCUUCUUUCCCGGCCUCGCCUUCAAGCCCACGGUCACCCAUCUUCCGGCAACAACUUGCGUCAGCUGAGUUAUCGAGGCAACAGCGACUCGAAGCCUGGUAAGCCUGGGAAGACUCCCAAACCGCCCAAGGGUUCCAAGCCGCCCGGAAAGAAGGUCGGCUACAAGAAGAACAUCGACAGACUUCCCAAGUUUGAGCUGCCAGAAGAGCCCUUGGUCACCUACCGUGGCGAGACGCGCGAUGCCGCUGCCAUCGAAGCAGCCGAGGGCUUUUUCCCGCGCGCCCCUACCCGCGCCAUCACCGCCGCUGAGACCGAGGCCGGCAGCAGCAUCUACUCCCACGUCGCGGUCAAGGUCGCCAAAGAGUACACCAAGUACGUGUCGACGUCCAUGGACCCGGCCGCCGCCAGUGACUUUGGCCGCUCCACCGGGUUCGUCUACGUGGUCGCGCCAGACGAGAAGAUGAUCAACGUCCCCAAGACUCUGGGCGAGUACCUGUCCGUUGACUUUGCCAAGGAAUCGGAACUGGCCGCCGCCGGCCAGAUUCCGUUUGACCAAAUCCGGGGUUGGAUCAAGAAGAGCACAGACCUUCGACCGGGUGACUGGCUCACGCUGCGGGAGCACGGCCACAAGCUCAACGGGAAGCCGCUCACAGAGGAGCUCAAGAAGGACCUUGGCCGCGCCAUGUCCGAAGCAUACGUCCCGAACCCGAAAUACAAUGCCGCGAAGUACGACAAGACGCGCGCGAGCGGGGGGCGGCCGGAGCUGGCCGGGUUUCCCCAGGAUAGCCCGGCGUGGCAGAAGGCGCCUUGGAAGCAGUACAAGGGCAAGAAGACGUCGGAGAGCCUCCAGGCCUUUGUGAGCGAAGGGGUCUGCGCCAAGGCGGAGGCGUGCGUCAAGGCGCAGCUGACGUCCAAGGCCGGUGAGGCCGGCGUGCCGAACGCGUACGAGGACUUGGAUCCGCUGUGCAAGGAAACGGAUCUCAGGAAGAGAGACGUGGCUUGCCGACUGGAAGCUGACGAGGAAGAUCCGGCGGAGGCCGGUCAAAUAGAAGGAGAGACAGUAGCCACAGAGCCCGAAGGCAUCAAGGAGCCUGGAUCGGCAGAAGAAGGUCUCGGCGGUGGUUCAACAGAGACGGCAGUCGAGAAGGUGGCCCAGAAGACUUCAGAUGAAGUGUUUGAAGACCUCUUCACCUCUCGCAAGCUGAGUCAAAAGGCCGCCGAGUGGGGGCUCAAGAUCCAAGACGCACGCACCCGGGUCCUCGGCUACAAGCCACUCACACCACAGUCGCCGCACUUUUCGAUUUCCAAGGUUGGGCUAGCUCUUGAGGGUGCCGGUCUCGUGGCCUGGGGUGCCGGCGUCGUCACCGCCUUUGCUACCAACACGACGGGCUGGGAGCGGGCCGCAGCCGUGACCGGCAUCGUCCCCUUUGUCGGGUGCGGCUUCAACAUCAUUGCCGAGUCCCAGAGCAAGGCAGGCAUCGAUCCCAUUGACCAGAUGAUGUGCAUCACGGCCGACAUCCUUCUCCUCACCCCGCUGGCGCCGUUUGCCUUUGCGGUCCAAGUCUUCCGCGUCGCCGCCGGCCUGCUCAAGGCCGACGCGGUGCCCAAGCCCGAGGAAGCGCAGGCGACGCGCGACGCGGCCUGGAGCAAGGUCCUCGACGACACCGUCUACACGUACUACUACUCGGCGGACAAGCUGGCGAGCAACAGAAAGUUCCGGGACAAGCUCAACGGCACCCUGUACGCGGAGAGCAUGGCGGUUGUGUCCGAUGCCGCGGACCUCAUUGCGGCCGCCAACGCGACGGUGCAGGCUUCGGCCGCCAAGGGCGGAGACCAGGCGCAGAUUCGCGCCGUCAUGCUCAACGUCACCGACCAGAUCAAGGCGCAGAUCUCGCCCAAGAUUGUCGCCAAGCAGCGCGAGUUUCUCCUGCAGCUGCCGGAGCUGAUCAAGAAGGGCACCGAUCUCUCGGUGAACAAGAUGGCGGAGCAGUACAACAGUGAAACCGUGACAAACCUCUUGUCGCCAGAAGUAGUGCACCACUACACGCCACUAGUGCCGGCGGUACCGGGCGACGCAGCGAGCGAUCUGGAGCCGUCCGUGCGCCGCGAGCUCGGCGUCGUCGUCGAGCAUCUCAAGAAGACGCCGCUGCCGCUGCCGAAGCUGUUUGACGUGGCGUACGUGCUCGGGCAGUCCAAGGGCCUGCUGGACAUUGACCCGCUGACGCUGAACCCGGGGGCGUUUAUCAAGUCGCGCGUUCCCACCAUGUCCCAGGACGACGUCGACUUUCACGCGCUGCACCACGCGCUGCAGAUCUCCUCGCUGCUGCGCGGCGCCACCACCGAGGAGAAGCUGUCCAAGCUCUGGCCGGCGGCGGCGGCCGGCGGCGCCGACGGCGCCAAGACGGUGCAGGAGCUGCAGCUGCUCCUGGCGCUCAAGUUUGGCCGCGUGUUUGACGCGCAAAAGGUGGCGGCGUCGGCGCAGCUGGCCGGCAAGGAGCAGGACGACAGGUUCAUGACGCACCCGAGCAUCCCGCCGCUCAAGAUUGCGCCCGAGUCCAUGGCGUACAUUGGCCUGAUCCUCGAGCUCGACGAGGCGCGCAUCAACGCCAUCCCCCGCCACAAGGAGAUUGUCGGCUUCAACGAGCUCGGCACCGACAAGAAGCUCAUCCUGGCCAUGCUGGAAAAGGCACAGGGCAUUUAUGCGGCUAGGCACAAUGAGACGACGGCUGCCCCGGUGAAGCCGGAGGGCCAGGCUGCCGCGGCUGCCCCUGUGAAGCCAGAGGGCCAGGCUGCCGCGGCUGCCUAA